AUGUCCAGUAUUACAGACCCAGAGGCUCAAUACGAGCUAAUCACCAGAGACUUACAGGAAGUCUUGAACGCUCAAAUCAUCAAAGAUGUCUUGGAGAAGGAAAAGAGACCAUUGAAAAUCUACUGGGGCACUGCUCCAACUGGAAAACCUCAUUGUGGAUAUUUUGUUCCCAUGGUGAAACUAGCUCAUUUCUUGAAAGCCGGGUGUGAAGUCAAAGUCUUGUUGGCUGAUUUACAUGCAUUUUUGGACAACAUGAAGGCUCCAUUGGAGGUUGUACAAUACCGUGCAAAGUACUAUGAGUGGGUAAUCAAAGCCAUUUUGAGAUCAAUCAAUGUCCCUAUUGAAAAAUUGACUUUUGUCACGGGAUCUUCUUAUCAAAAGGACGGCUCUUAUAUCAUGGAUCUUUUCAAAUUGUCCAAUGUCGUAUCUCAAAAUGAUGCAAAACGUGCGGGUGCCGACGUUGUUAAACAAGUUGCAAACCCCUUAUUGUCCGGUUUGAUCUACCCCUUGAUGCAAGCUAUCGAUGAAGAGCACUUGGACGUCGAUGCUCAGUUUGGAGGUGUUGAUCAAAGGAAGAUCUUUGUUUUGGCUGAAGAAAACUUACCAAGCAUAGGGUACAAAAAGAGAGCUCAUUUGAUGAAUCCUAUGGUGCCUGGAUUGGGACAGGGUGGUAAGAUGAGUGCUUCUGAUCCAAAUUCCAAAAUAGACGUUUUGGAGGAACCUAAAGUGGUGAAGAAAAAGGUCAACAGUGCCUAUUGUGCGCCAGGUGAGACCAAGGAUAAUGGACUUAUAGCAUUUGUUGAAUACGUUAUACAACCCAUCCAUGAAUUGAAGAGUGGGGUGAGAGGGUCUUUUGAACUUACCAUUGAUAGACCUGAAAAGUAUGGAGGACCAAUACAAUACGACUCAGUUGAGCAAUUGAAGAAUGACUACACCGAAGGAAAAUUGUCACCUCCAGAUUUGAAAAUCGGUGUUGCAGAUAGAAUCAAUGAGUUGCUUGUUCCAAUCAGGGAGGAGUUUGAGAAGAACGAAGAGUUUCAAUUGGCACAAAAGAAUGGGUACCCAGUUGAACAACCAAAGCAAGAAAAGAAGGUGAAGAAACCAAAGAACAAAGGUACAAAAUACCCAGGAGGAGUUGGAGGAGGAAAUCAAACUGGCAAUGCAGAUGCAAAACUAGAAGCUAAUGCUGCAGCAGCAUCUGUCAGUGUUGAGGAAGCUGUAGAGAAGUUGGAAAAUGCAAAAAUAGAAUAG